AUGGUUGGCGUGAAACCCAAAGACGUGGUGCCCUCUGCGGCAGUUAAGUUCUUCGGUGCAGGCACGGCAGGCUGCAUUGCUGACCUUAUCACCUUUCCAUUGGAUACUGCCAAAGUCAGACUACAGAUUCAGGGAGAGUCUCAAGGGGCCGGUGCAGUGAAGUAUCGUGGAGUGUUUGGCACCAUCACCACCAUGGUGCGCACAGAGGGGCCCAGGAGUCUUUACAGCGGACUGGUGGCAGGACUCCAGAGGCAAAUGAGCUUCGCCUCUGUCCGAAUUGGCCUCUACGACUCCAUGAAGCAAUUCUACACUCGAGGCACUGAGAGUGCUGGGAUUGUUACCCGGCUAUUGGCGGGAUGCACCACAGGAGCCAUGGCUGUGGCUUUUGCGCAACCAACAGAUGUGGUGAAGGUGCGUUUCCAAGCCCAGGUGCGAAUGGCUGACGGUGGGAGGAGAUACAACAGCACCCUGGAUGCCUACAAGACGAUUGCUCGAAAUGAGGGAGUACGGGGCCUUUGGAAAGGUUGUUUGCCGAACAUCACUCGUAAUGCCAUUGUAAACUGUACAGAACUGGUGACCUAUGACAUUAUCAAAGAACUCAUCCUGAAGUAUGACCUAAUGACAGACAACCUGCCGUGCCACUUCAGUGCUGCCUUUAGUGCAGGCUUCUGCACAACAGUGGUGGCCUCCCCUGUGGAUGUAGUCAAAACGCGGUUCAUGAACUCGGCAGACGGCCAGUACAAGAGCGCUAUCAACUGUGCUCUCACCAUGUUUAGAAAUGAAGGACCUGCAUCCUUCUAUAAAGGGUUCACGCCUUCUUUUCUGCGACUAGGGUCGUGGAACAUUGUGAUGUUUGUGACAUAUGAACAAAUUAAAAGAGGUAUGACCAGGGCACAACAGUACUGGGAGUCGCCGUCUUGA